CAUUCUCUGUUUUCCUUUUCAAUGAAUCACAUUAAAACAUGUACGAGGAAAAACGCGAUCCACAACCUCAACACUUUGGGUCCACCACCAUCUCCAAAACGACACCUUCAACUCGACGCUUCGAUCAUCAAAACAGGCUUCGAUCCCAACACAUGCCAUUUCAAUUUCAAGGUGAAGACCCAUCUCCAACGCGGAGAGUUGGGUGCAGCCCGCCAACUGUUCGACGAAAUUCCCCACAAGAACACCAUAUCCACCAACAUCAUGAUCAUGGGUUACAUAAACUCUGGCAAUCUUUCUAAUGCUAGGAGCUUGUUUGACACUAUGAUUCAACGCACAGUUGUUACUUGGACAAUGAUGAUCGGUGGUUAUGCUCAAAACUGUCGGUUCCGUGAAGCUUUUGGUCUCUUUGCCGAUAUGUAUAGGCAUGAGACUGUUCCGGAUCAUGUCACCUUGGCCACUCUCUUAUCUGGGUUCACUGAGUUUGACUCUGUCAAUGAAGUAGCUCAAGUUCAUGCCCAUGUUGUCAAACUGGGGCAUGAUUCCACCCUCAUGGUUUGCAACUCGUUGCUUGAUUCUUAUUGUAAAACGCGUAAUGUCAGUUUAGCUUGUCACCUCUUUGACCUUAUGCCAGAUAAAGAUAAUGUAACUUUUAAUGCAUUGUUGACGGGGUACUCCAAAGAGGGGUUUAAUCAUGAUGCCAUAAAGCUGUUUUUCAAAAUGCAGGAUUUGGGAAUUAGGCCCACGGAAUUUACUUUUGCUGCAGUUUUAACUGCAGGGAUACAGUUGGAUGAUAUUGAAUUUGGGCAACAAGUUCACGGUUUUGUGGUGAAGAGUAACUUUGCGUGGAAUGUGUUUGUGGCUAAUGCUUUGCUCGAUUUCUAUUCGAAGCAUGACCGUGUUGCUGAAGCAAGGAAAUUUUUUUAUGAGAUGCCAGAGGUGGAUGGUAUCUCUUAUAAUGUACUCAUCACGUGUCAUGCGUGGAAUGGGAAAGUCGAUGAAUCUCUUGUACUUUUCAGGGAGUUACAGUUUACUAGAUUUGACAGGAGGCAAUUCCCGUUUGCUACCUUGUUGAGCAUUGCUGCUAAUUCUUUAAACCUGGAAAUGGGUAGGCAAAUUCAUUGCCAGACUAUUGUAACAGCUGCCAUUUCAGAAAUUUUGGUUGAGAAUUCUUUGGUUGACAUGUAUGCUAAAUGUGACAAAUUUGGGGAAGCAAAUAGGAUUUUUGCAAAUCUUGCUCGUCAAAGUUCAGUUCCAUGGACAGCCCUGAUCUCAGCUUAUGUUCAGAAGGGACUUCAUGAAGAUGGCCUAAAGCUAUUCAUUGAGAUGCAAAGAGCCAAAAUAACCGCGGACUCGUCCACUUACGCCAGCAUUGGAAGAGCCUGUGCAAAUUUAGCUUCACUGACAUUGGGGAAACAGUUACACUCACAUAUAAUCAGAUCAGGAUACAUUUCAAAUGUGUUUUCUGGGAGUGCACUGGUUGACAUGUAUGCAAAAUGUGGAUCCAUAAAAGAUGCACUUAAAAUGUUUCAAGAGAUGCCCGUGAGAAAUUCUGUUUCCUGGAAUGCACUGAUUUCAGCUCAUGGGCAAAAUGGGGACGGUGACCUUACUCUUAGGUCAUUUGAACAAAUGGUUCAUUCAGGUCUGCAACCAGAUUCUGUUAGCUUCCUUAGCGUUUUAUGUGCCUGCAGCCACUGCGGUCUAAUUGAAGAAGGAUUACAGUACUUCAAUUCCAUGACUCAAAUGUAUAAACUUGUCCCCAAAAGAGAGCAUUAUGUAUCAAUAGUUGAUAUGUUAUGUCGCAGUGAAAGAUUUGAUGAGGCUGAAAAUUUGAUGGCUUGUAUGCCUUUUGAACCCGAUGAGAUAAUGUGGACAUCAAUUCUCAAUUCAUGUAGAAUCCAUAAAAACCAAGAGUUGGCAAAGAAAGCAGCAGACCAACUAUUCAAUAUGAAGGCCCUCAGGGAUGCUGCUCCAUAUGUUAGCAUGUCCAAUAUCUAUGCAGCAGCUGGUGAAUGGGACAACGUAUGCAAGGUGAAGAAGGCCAUGAGAGACCGAGGAGUUAGAAAGGUCCCAGCAUACAGUUGGGUUGAAAUCAAACACAAGACUCAUGUGUUCUCAGCCAAUGACAAGUCUCACCCCCAAAUGAGAGAGAUAAUGAGGAAGCUUGAUGAGCUGGAAGAGCAAAUGGAGAAACAAGGGUAUAAACCUGACUCAAGUUGUGCCCUUCACAAUGUGGAUGAGGAAGUCAAGGUAGAAUCCCUAAAAUAUCACAGUGAACGCAUUGCUAUUGCCUUUGCACUAAUUAGCACCCCAAAAGGAUCACCUAUUUUGGUUAUGAAAAAUCUGCGAGCUUGUAAUGAUUGUCACACAGCCAUUAAGGUAAUCUCCAAGAUUGUAAAUCGGGAAAUCACAGUUAGGGAUUCAAAUAGGUUCCAUCAUUUCAGAGAUGGGUUUUGCUCCUGUAAGGACUACUGGUAGGUUGGCUUUGUUCUAUAAAAAAAACCAUCAAUUUCUCUCAAGAGCAGAAAAACGGUACAAGGAGUUCGUUUCCAUUGGCAUGUCACACAUUCAUUUUAUUUUUUUUUCAUUUGUACAAUUAUUUAUACCAAUCUUCAACAGGCCAGGCAAAGAUAUAUAUUAUUCUUCAGAUGCAAUAAAUUCUCUCACAAAAUGGU